AUGGAUCUUCGGAUACUUCUAUGGCGAUGGCUUGCAUUUCUCGCUGUCUGGCAAUGCGUGGUCCAGCCUGGUCACGCCCAAGAUCUUGCGACUAUUACACCUUGUCCGCACUGCAGCGCCUCCAUUGCACCCAAGCCUGUCGCGAUCACUGCUCAGUAUCAAAUGGUGUCAACCUGCGAGCCGUCUACUUCGACAGUUUUCCAUCCCUACACAAAGCGGCACAAGACUGGCGUUACAUCUACGAUCAAGACCGUCCCCUCGUGUAGCACAUAUGCUUGGGUGUCUACGACGAUUCCUGUCUAUUUGAACAAGACGAAGACCAUAACUGUGGUGACUACAACAAACCAGCCGGUCACAUUCGAGGAAUUUCGCUACACCGUGGCGCACACCACGACAAUUACUACUCCCCAACGGCAUCUGCCAAGAAUUGGAAUAAGCUCCAAUGGCACAAACCUGAAUGGUACAUAUCACAACUCAUCAAGCCCGACCACUGCGAUCAAGGUUACCCACACUACGAUUAAUGUCAAGAGAUACUGCGAGUACGACUCCAUCGGCCCACUGGCGAUUUCAGGUUAUGGAGGAAGCGGGCUUUGUCCGGACUGUGAACCGCAUGCCCACAACGCUCUCACACAGCGACUUACAGUCAUUUCUUGCUCCGAUCGGUACUGCACAACUUUCAACGAGACCUGGAUCGCGUCACCCACCACGUGCACUGCGAGUGGCAAUACUCAUACCGUCACCACGACAAAGACGAAAUGUCCGAUCGCUGUACAUGAGACGGCAGAGCCUGGAUAUGCGCACUCGCUCUCUGCACCCACAACCACUCGUUCGACUACGGACAAACCUACGGCAAAGCCAUCCAAACAUUCCCAGGAACCUGCUCCCUAUUCCGUUGUCCCAACAACUGGAAGCACAGGCUGUACGACUUCCUCCCGUUCAUCAACACAUUCUUCACCAAUCACAUACAUUACUACCACUAUCACUAUGACCGAAGACGAGCCGGAGCCAACGGAAGGAUAUGGUGGUGGAGGAGCCGACCCAUCUGCUGAUCCAUCGGCGGAUCCAUCUGGAGAUAUGGGAUACGAGCAUCCAGCGCCUACUGUUUACCAUCAUCAUCGAACUCAUUCCUACAAGGCGUUUGAACGACGUGGUCUCGAGCAGCCGCGAGGACAUGUCAUGAAACGUGGUGGUCUUCUUUUCUGGGGCUCGUGA